GCAGCGAGCCCGCGAGGCGGCCCUUCUCUGCGCAGAGGUGGCAGCGGCAGGCGGCAUGACGGCGGAGGAGAUGAAAGCGGACGGGGCUCCCUUGGAAGGGGUGGACAUCACUCCCAAGCAGGAUGAGGGCGUCCUCAAGGUUGUCAAGAGAGAAGGCAGUGGGACAGAGUCUCCGAUGAUAGGUGAUAAGGUGACCGUCCAUUACACGGGGUGGCUUCUCGAUGGCACAAAAUUUGACUCCAGUCUGGACAGAAAAGACAAAUUCUCAUUUGACUUGGGGAAAGGUGAGGUGAUCAAAGCAUGGGACAUUGCUGUGGCCACUAUGAAGAUUGGUGAAAUCUGUCGGAUUACGUGUAAACCAGAAUAUGCCUAUGGCACAGCUGGGAGCCCCCCAAAGAUACCUCCCAAUGCUACACUGAUUUUUGAGAUUGAACUUUUUGAGUUCAAGGGGGAGGACCUCACUGAUGAAGAAGAUGGUGGCAUCAUCCGAAGAAUCCGUAAAAAAGGGGAGGGCUACUCCAGGCCCAAUGAGGAUGCACUUGUAGAGAUCCAGUUUGAAGGCCGACACGGAGAUCGUGUUUUUGACAAGCGGGAAUUGCGGUUUGAGAUAGGAGAAGGUGAAAACUUCGAUAUUCCUCAUGGUCUGGAGAAAGCAAUUCAAAAAAUGGAGAAAUCAGAGGAAUCUGUGUUCUAUCUCAAGCCUAGCUAUGGUUUUGGAAGUGCUGGGAAUGAGAAAUUUAAGAUCCCUCCAGAUGCAGAGCUGCAGUAUGAAGUGAAACUCAAAAGCUUUGAAAAGGCUAAGGAGUCCUGGGAAAUGAACACGGAUGAGAAGCUGGAACAGAGCUGCAUUGUGAAGGAGAGAGGCACUCAGUACUUCAAGGAGGGGAAAUACAAGCGGGCAGCAUUACAGUAUAAGAAGAUUGUGUCAUGGCUGGAGCACGAGUCGGGACUCUCCGAGGAGGAGGAAUCAAAAGCCAAGAGCCUGAGGCUUGCUGCCCACCUUAACUUAGCUAUGUGCCAUCUCAAGCUCAAGGAAUACUCCCAGGCUUUGGAGAACUGCAACAAGGCACUCGAAUUGGAUAGCAACAAUGAAAAAGGCCUUUUCCGGCGUGGAGAAGCUCACUUGGCUGUCAAUGACUUUGAGUUGGCCCGAGCAGAUUUCCAGAAAGUGAUACAGCUUUAUCCAAGUAACAAAGCUGCUAAAGUGCAACUGGUGACUUGUCAGCAAAAAAUACGGGAGCAGCAUGAGAAGGAGAAAAAGAUGUAUGCCAACAUGUUCCAAAGGCUGGCAGACAAAGACUUAAAGUCAUCUGCUACUCUUCAGACAAGCCACACUGAAGAUGCAGAAAUGAAAGACGCGCAGAAUGGAGUUGAAGAUAAAUCAGAAGUUGAAGCAGAAGCAUAAGAAAACCCCUAUUCCAUUAGUUUUGUAAAUGAAAGAAUUUCCAGUGAAUUAGACCUUUAUUUUUCUACCUGGUUGGAUAGUGGCUUCAAGGGAGCAGAGGCUGAAGCCACCAUGCCACAGUCAGUUACAGCUUUAUGUGGCUGUUUAAGAAGCUGAGUGGCAGCAUAAAUCUGGUUUAAUCCUAGUGACUUUAUUUAUUCAUUCAGCCUCUGUUACUAUUUGGGUUCUGUCUGGAUUUACUCUGCUUGGUUUAUUUGCAUUUUCUUAGAAUCAUAGAAUGGCUUGAGUUGGAAGGGACCUCAAAGAUCUUGUUCCACCCCCACCCCGCCCCCCACCAUGGACAGGGACACCCUUCACUAGACCAGAUUGCUCAGAGUUCCAUCCAGCCUGGUCUGGGAUAUUUCCGGGGAUGGAGCAUCUACAGCUUCUCUGGGCAGCCUGUUCCAGUGCCUCACCACCCUCAGAAUAGAGAAUUUCAUUCUAAUAUGUAAUUUUAACCUGGCCUCUUUCAGUUUGAAGCCACCCACCUUUGUGCUGUCACUACUUGCCCUUGUAAAUAGUCUCUCUCCAUGUUUCUUGUAGGUUCCCUUUAAGGUACUGGAAGGCCACAGUUUGGUCACCCCAAAGCCUUCUUUUUUCCAGGCUGAACAAUUCCAGUUUUCUCAGCCUUGUCUCAUAGGGAAAGAUGCUUCAUCCCUCUGAUCAUCUUGGUAGGCCUCCUGGACUUGCUCCAAAAGGUCGAUGUCCUUCCUGUGUUGGGGACCCCAGAGGGGUGUUCCAGCUGGGGUCUCAUCAGAGUAGGGUCAAAAUCCUCUCCCUCCCCUGCUGCCCACGCUGCUUUGGAUGCAGCCCAGGUUACAAUUGGCUUCUGGGCUGUGAGUGCACAUUGCCAGCUCAUGUCCAGCCUCUCAUCCAACAGCAGUCCCAAAUCCUUGGCAGAGCUGCUCUGGAUCUGUUCAUCCCCCAGCCUUUAUUGGCACCAGGGGUUGCCCCAGCCCAGGCACAGCACCUUGCACUUGGCCUUAUUGAAGCCUCAUGAGUUUCACAGGGGCCCACUUCUGAGGCUGGUCCAGGUUGCUCUGGGUGCCAUUCUGUCCUUCAGGUGUGUCAAGGGGGCUGCUCAGCUUGGUGUCACAUGCAGAUUUGCUGAGGGUGCACACUACCCCUUCAUCCAUGUCAUGAAUGAAGAUGAUGGUAACACUGGUCCCAGUAUGGACCCUUUAGGGACACCACUUGUCACUGGUGUCCAUUGGGAUGCUGAGCUGUUGACCACUAGCCUGUAGAUGUGACCAUGAGUGUUGGGGAAGAUGAAAUAGGAAAGCCUUAUAUAUAUAAUUGCCUGGCAAAAGACUUAGAAAAUACAGAGAUUGAGAUGGUAACACGUUUUGAGAUACCAGACCUUAGUUACUGAACAACUAGAAAACAACAGUACAUCCAGGAUUAAGACAAUCCCCCCUUCUGGUUGAACAAUGCCCUUACCUACAGAUAGGCCCAAAGGUUAAAUUGAAUGUUCUGUCUUACCCCCAAUUUUAUGGUUCAUCCCCCAUCUGUAACCCUCCCCUGAAGUAUCUGGUAUCUGUGACCCCAUUGGCCUAAGUCUUGUUCCAGCCCACCUUGAAGACCCCUGAUACGGAGUCCCUGAGGAGCCAGACGCUCUCUUGGAACUUCCCCUCUCUUGGAACAUCCUCUCCCUCUUGGGAUCCUCUCUUAUCUCCCUCUACCCCUUGCCUCUCCCUUCCCCCACUCCCUAGGGCCUGCCACGUGUCGCGUCUGGUGACUCCAAGCAGGGCCUUUCACCCUCUCUAAUAAACCAUAUAUUCUAAGAGCAGCCUUCAGAGAUCUCUCAUCUCCAUUCAUUCCAACUGUCCUGGAGUCCAGCGUCCUUACACAUGCAACCAAUUUCUUAGCUAUCAGUCACACCCACUGCAUCCAUCUCUGUCCAAUUUAGAGAGAAGGAUGUUGUGGGGAACUGUGUCUAAGGCAGAAAAUUACAGAAAUGAAGGUAAAUGACACCUGUAGUCCUUCCUCGUCCACUGGUGGAGUCCCUCCAUCAUUGAAGGCCACUAGGCUGCUCAGAUGGGACUUGUCCUUGGUGAAGCCUUGCUGGCUGUCCCUGGUCACGUCCCUGUCCUCCAUGUGCCUUAGCAUAGCAUCCAGGAGGAUCUGUUCCAUGAUCUUCCCAGGCACAGAGCUGAGGCUGACAGGUCACUAGUCCCUGUUUUGUCAUCGGUGUUUUUCUUUCUGGUUCUGCCUUACUUUAAUCCCAGGUUCUGCUUUCUACAUUUAAUUUCCUCAAUUUGCUUCAAGUAAUCAGCUUUUCUCAGGAGUCCUCAUGUGAAACUUAAGAACAAAUUUGUGCUCCCAGUUCUGCCUUGGGAUUGCCCUCUUCUCCCCCUGUUCAGUAGGGAGUCCCUUCCAUUAAGUAUUGUAGCCUUUCUUGUAUGCCUCCUCUUUGCAAAUUGCUGAAAGGUGAAGACUAUGAAGUCACAGCUUAAGUAAUAAAGCUCCAAUUAAACUCAAGAAAACUCAACUUUUCGUGGGUUUUUAUUGGAAUUUGCACAGAAUUGAGAGAAUAUACUGUCCUUUGGUCAGUGUUAUCUUGUCCACAUAGCCAGUGUCCUGAUUAUUUUUUUUAUAUUGUUUGUUCAUUACCAUAGCAAAUUCCCACAAUAUUUGAUACAGUAUUUACCCAUAUAUAUUCAAAAGGGAAAAAUUAAGUUGCUGGAAACUGCAUAAAGCAAGUCUGUAACCUAUACAUAGAGGUUGUUAUAUGUUCAUAUUGCUACCUUCCUCUUCACUCCACUACAAUGUAAAACUGGACCAGAGGGGGGAAAAAACCCAAACCAAUACAUCUGAGAGUGACUGGCUUUGAAGUGAUAAUGGCUUACAUAUUGCAAAUACUUUUAAUGAACUACAGACUCCUGAGUGAGUCUAACGUCUGCUUACCCAGAUUUCACAAGAAAGCUAUUACUCAGUAUUCUGCUUCUUUCUGCAGUUUGUGUGUCUUGUUUGGGGGUGGGUGUGCUUUUGAAUUUUGUCGGGGCUUUUGGUUGGGGUGGGCUUUUUUUGUCUGAAGGCAUGGAACAUAGUACUCAAACUCAAUUGUUGUUUAUCCUAUUAUGUGGUGUUUAAUUCAGCAACUCCAGUGUCCUGUUUAGAGACAGGGGCAGAAGGGGCAAUCUUUUUUGCCUGCUCUGCAGAAGAAAGGUAGAAAAUCUGUUUCAGAUUAAAAUAAAUUGACUUUUUCAUGUUGAGAAAGAUGUCCUUGCAUGGCAUGACACGGGCUGGAAUUUGUGUUUAUAUUGCAGAGAGCAUCCCUGUUUUUAACAUGUAAUACAAUGUGAAUUCCUGGUUUCCUUUGGUGAAACAGAAGUACUGUGUAAGCACUUAAACUCGUGGGGUCUGGGGGAGUGCCAGCACCUUUCCUGCAGCAGUGCCAGCCCAGUGUGGGUCCUGGAACUGUCACCAGACAAGGGCUGCUUGGAGUGCUGCCCUGCCCGAGACACCAAAUUGAGCACCUGCUGCUGGCUUGGAGCUUGGUUAGAGAGCUGGGAGCUGCAGUGCUCUUAAUCUCAUGCGGUGUGUGGGAUAGGACAGAGGUAAAAGAGAUACUUGGGAGGUCACUACACUUAAGGAAAUGCUGAUUUCUUUUGCCUAAUAAAGCCUUAGGGUUGCCAGGUAAUGGAGGUGAUUUUCAUGAGCUCUGACUAUAGUAACAGCCCUAUGUAUGUGAAAAAUUUAUACCAAAGCACUACCCCCUCUUGUGGGAAACAACACUGUGAAUGUCAGCUGGGGUUAGAAGAGGGGAUUUAUAGACCUAGACAAACAGUUGAAGGGGACAGGAAUGCCAAGCCAGAGUACUUAUUCUUCACCAAGUAAAUACCUUGAUUUGUUGCUAAUUAUUCCUGGAAAUACAAGCCUCUGUGGCUGAAACUUUUUGCUGCUAAAGCAUAGGGCCAAGUCCUAAUGAUAAUUUUCUAAUUGUUGAACAGCAGUUUUCAAAAUCUACAGGCAUGAUAGUUGUACAUGUUUCUGAAAGCAAAAAGUGAUUUCUGUGGCACAUCUAAAAAAAGUCUAGUCAAUGGUGCAUCUGUUGUUAAGUGUGAGCAGUCUUGAAAGUACCACUGUGCCCUUGUUGUUACUACAUAAACUAUGAAUUGUUUGAGAAUGUAAGUCUGUUAAGGACGCUAAACAUGCCCAGUUCAGGCAGCUGAUCGGAUUUUCCGUGCUGUCUUUAAAAGUGGCUCUGGUUGCCGUCAGAAGGUGUCAAUACUGGUAUUUGUGAGUGAGGUCAUGCAUGUAAACUUCAACUAUAAACUUCGUUAUGUAUGUCCUUAUAGAGGAACGAAAAAAACCAAACAAUGCUUAAAAUAAACAGUUACAGUCCUGACUUUGUAAUCCUCA